GUUUAGAUUUGCUGAGCAGUGCGGAUACAUACCUGAGGUACGUUUAGAUUUCAUUGCAAAUCAGACAAGAGGACGUACACAAAACUCUACUCAACUACGGUCAGGCAAAAAAUCAACUUCAACCCAAAACCUUCCUUAGCGGAAACUUUUUUUUGGUGAGAGAAGACAAUCAUCAAAAAUGCGUGAGUUGGUCCACAUCCAGGGAGGCCAGUGCGGCAACCAGAUCGGUGCCAAGUUCUGGGAGGUCAUCGCCGAUGAGCACGGUAUAUAGCUGUUUUUUCGUGCUUGUGAUCAACGUGUUGAACUCUAAUGUCUAUGCAGAACAUGAUAGAUGAGUUGGAGUUUGUGGUAGUUCGCUUUCGUGUGCCUCAUAUUACGCUGAGGUUGUCAUGCACAUCAAAUAGCAGCUGCAUUUUGGACACCGACUAGAAACAGUGCAAUUUAAAAAUUUCAACUUCGAAUGGUAAUCAUCACUUCACACAGGUAUUGACCCCACCGGUACCUACCAUGGUGACUCCGACUUGCAGUUGGAGCGCAUCAACGUGUACUUCAACGAGGCCACCGGUGGUCGCUACGUGCCCCGCGCCGUCCUGAUGGACUUGGAGCCGGGUACCAUGGACUCCGUGCGUGCCGGACCCUUCGGUCAGCUCUUCCGCCCGGACAACUUCGUGUUCGGUCAGACCGGUGCCGGUAACAACUGGGCCAAGGGUCACUACACCGAGGGUGCCGAGCUCAUCGACUCCGUGUUGGACGUUGUCCGGAAGGAGGCUGAGGGCUGCGACUGCCUCCAUAUGAAAUUGUUGGAAAGCGCGUGUCGGUUUAGAUUUGUAAGUGCGUGUUGUGUCAUGGUGAGUUUCCUCGAGUUGGUGACGUGCAUGUCGAAUUGAUCAGUUUCGAUCCGAGCGAACUGGUUGUGUUUGUGAUUUGAAGCUUUUGUCGCCAGGAAUAGGAUGCUUUUCGCUACGAACGUUGGUUGUGCAUGAGCGAUUUGAAUUUGCUUUCGGUCGGCAUGAUGGAAAAGUAAAGCAAAUCGAUCACAACGGACAAGCGCGUUUUUCCUUCCAUACCGCAGGGCUUCCAGCUGGUCCACUCCUUGGGUGGUGGUACCGGUUCCGGUAUGGGAACGCUCCUGAUCUCCAAGAUCCGUGAGGAGUACCCGGAUCGUAUCAUGUCCACCUACUCCGUGAUCCCGUCCCCGAAGGUGUCUGAUACCGUCGUCGAGCCGUACAACGCCGUGCUGUCCUUCCAUCAGCUCGUCGAGAACGCAGAUCAGGUCAUGAUGAUGGACAACGAGGCCCUGUACGACAUCUGCUUCCGUACCCUGAAGCUGACCACCCCGACCUACGGUGACUUGAACCACUUGGUGUCCGCCGCCAUGUCCGCCACCACCUGCUGCAUCCGGUUCCCGGGUCAGCUGAACUGCGACUUGCGCAAGGUCGCCGUCAACAUGAUCCCGGUAUAGAUAAUGGUUUUCUUUGUGUAAUUUAGACUGAGAGAUGAUGAUAAUGUUAACGCUGGACCGCACGGCCCAGAAAUGAUUUCAAAACAAUUUCAAACUACUUUCAAACUGGGGGGAUUUUCGAAAAUCAAAACUCCAAUGGCGCAGCCUACGUGCUAGCAGGCGCUGCGAUUUGGUCUUGAUGUUUCGAAGGAUUUGCUUCUUUUUCGCCAACUCUAGGCCGCUGUGGGCUGACUCCAGCGCAGGAGCUAGCGCGCCACUGUGUGCGUUGGUUCGCGCCGGAAUGCGUGGCAAUAUACCUGGGCCGGCAGUAGGUUGCAAUCGCUGGCCAACUCCACACUGUCUGCGGGUCGUAACUCCGAUCCGAAUGGCCGCAGGGUAGGCUCGCAGCUUCUAUGUGGCGCUGGGUUUCUCGGUUUCGGUAGGUGGGCGCCUGCGGGCGCCGCAGGAUUGUGCAGUGGUUCCUCCCGUGCCCCUUUUUUCGUCGCAAGGCAAGCUUGGGAGCGCCUUGUGACCGUCAAAAGUAGACGCUGCGCCCGGAGGAAAACCUCGUCAAGGGAAACAGGCCAGGCGGGCUUCGGGGUAGACGCUGAAGAGCCAGCGCGCGGGCGACUUGCCGGGGAGAAUUCCACUGCUUGGCGUUGCACUGGUCCGCGCGCCUGCCCAUGUAGGUUGCCGGUCUACCUGAGACGGAAGGGCAGAGGACGCACAUGGGACCGCGGCGGAGAUGGCCUCGCGGCCAUGCGCUACGUAGUCGGGGUCGCGCCGUCCAGGCGAAGGGCUGCUUGGAGCAUGCCGCAUCCUGUAGCGCGUGGCCGCUCUUCGGAGCAAUUUCGCGACGCCCGACAAGGGAAGGAGGAAGGCUGGAUGGGGUGGCUCCCUCGUUCAGAAAACACCACCGGGAGGUGAAACCUCCUGGACAGAAGAAAAUAAAAAGAGGGCUUGGCCAAGUUCAAAAAUAUCACCAAGGCAUUUCAAAACGCCAUCAGAAUUCUGUCAGAAUUCCGUUCCUCGAUGGGUAUCUUGGUUCUGACGGAAUUCUGACGGAAUCUGACGGAAUUCUGACGGCAUUUUGAAUAUCGUCUUGAUGGAGUUUUGAAAUUGGCCAAAAUGCUUGAUGACGUUUUGAAAUUGGCCAAAAUGCUUGAUGACGUUUUGAAAUUGGCCAAAAUGCUUGAUGACGUUUUGAAAUUGGCCAAAAUGCUUGAUGACGUUUUGAAAUUGGCCAAAAUGCUUGAUGGGAUUUUGAAAUCGUGUGAGAUGGCCGAUGGCGUUUUGAAAUCAGCGAAGGGCGCUGAUGGGCUUCGGAAUUUCCGAAGGGCAGCCGUCGGCCAUUCGAUGGGGCCUCGCGUACCGGUGUGCGAAGCGGUUCAUCGGGCAGGGGCGUGCAGCUCUUCGCCAGUGGAGAUGCCGAUUGCCGCGAAGCCCCGCAGCCCACUGAUUGUCAACGAGCCGCGCCGGGGUGCCCUUGGCGCAGGCAUUACCUGCCGGCGCCGGUAUUCUUGGGAGAGGUGCCGCGCCUGCCCGAUUCGUAUCGCCCGUGCCGAUCUGGGGUGGGCGUGGGCGCCCCGUGUCUUGUUGCCCAUGGCGCAGUGUCUGUGCCUGUAUGAGGUUGCCAAACCGGGAUGGCAGCCAGGCGCCCGGCGCCCAUUAUUUGACUGCGCCACCCCUGCGUGCGGGAGGUUUGCUCCGCCAGUAUAAAUCGCUCGGAUCGAGUACUGGCACAUAUUGCAAAGGCCGGCGCCGCUCCGAGUGUGGGGCCCCGUGCGGAAAGGCCACAUCAGAUGCGCGGACCCCGACACUCAUGGCCGCGGGCAGCCCGUCGGUAGGCCCGGCAGCUCCUUGGCGGGCUUUUGGCAUUCCCGCUGUAGUCAAGUUUGUGGGUCUGUAGGCAAUGAAAAAUCGCAUACCGCGGAGGCCCGCGGGGUUGCCACAGCAUGAAAAUGCUGGAAUUUUGAAAUUCGUUUGAAAUUGGUUUGAAUUAGAAUUACAGCCCGCGCAGUCUAGAGUUAAUGAUAAUGAUUCCAUAUCAGACCUAGGAGCGAGCGUGAAGAACGCACGAUUGCUUUCUUGUUCAAAAAUUGGAGAGAUUGCUAGCAACGUGGAAUUAACAAGACAACGCACGCAGCUUGCGUUCUGCUACUUUCACCUUUCAAUCAUCAUCAAAAAUCAAUGAAAAUACAGUUCCCGCGUCUGCACUUCUUCAUGACCGGGUUCUCUCCGUUGACCUCCCGUGGUUCCCAGCAGUACCGUGCCCUGACGGUCCCCGAGCUGACCCAGCAGAUGUUCGACGCCAAGAACAUGAUGUGCGCCGCGGACCCGCGUCACGGACGCUACCUGACCGCCUGCGCCCUGUUCCGUGGCCGCAUGUCCACCAAGGAGGUCGAUGAGCAGAUGUUGAACGUGCAGAACAAGAACUCGUCCUACUUCGUCGAGUGGAUCCCGAACAACAUCAAGUCCUCCGUGUGCGACAUCCCGCCGAAGGGUCUGAAGAUGGCCGUCGGCUUCUUGGGCAACUCCACCGCCAUCCAGGAGAUGUUCAAACGCGUCGCCGAGUACUUCACCGGCAUGUUCCGCCGCAAGGCCUUCCUGCACUGGUACACCGGUGAGGGUAUGGACGAGAUGGAGUUUACCGAGGCUGAGUCCAACAUGAACGACUUGGUGUCCGAGUACCAGCAGUACCAGGACGCCACCGCCGAGGAGGAGGGUGAAUUCGACGAAGAGGAGGGUGAGUACGACAUGGAGCCGAUGUAAGUGUCAAAGAUCACCAACUUGAAGUUGAAACGACAACAUUAAAACUCAUUUGAAAUAGCGUGAAAAUAGUAUCACUUCAAAAUCUCGGUCUGCCGUUUUAUACUCUUCUGUCUGAUGCUCUGAUCUAACAAGUAGGUUGUGUCAACUUUAACUUGAUUUCAACAUCCCCUGGAAAAGGUGGUUGAGAGGGAGGUCUUGUAGAAUUUGAAUUUCGAUACCCACGUUAUGUAGAAGAGACGGUAUGUUGCGAAAAAACUGUUUGCUCAAAGAAGCAGCAUAGACAAAGAAGUCUAGUUGUAGAGCAAAAGUUAAAAUAAAGUAGAGCCAGACUGUGUAGGGCGCACUUUGUGACGAAACUCAGUACGUGUCGUGCGUUCCACUUCUGACCUACCUGAGACAGAACUUCCAGGCCUUGGUACUGUGUAUACAUUUUCGG